AUGAGCGUACGACCCGAUGGGGUGCAUAUUUUAGAUGAGCAGUUCGUUGAGCGCCUUAUCCGAGUCAGACGCGAUGGAUAUGGAAACGGUGGGCAGUUGGAAUUGUUUCAUGUGCCGCUGGUGGACGGUGCUCUCGACGCCGCCGGCACUGACGACGUUGGCGCAGACGCCACUGGCACAGACGCCGCCUACGCUGAUGACGUUGGCGCAGACGCCACUGGCACAGACUCCGCCGCCACAGACGCCGCCGCCGCCGCGACCGGAGGACAGCGGCAACGAGAACUGCUGGUAGUUGGCCCAGCCGCUGUAGUCGUACUUGGGCAGGAAGUCCGCGCUCUGGGCCUUCCGAAUCGGCCUUACCGAAAUGCCGUUUCGGACGUGCGCGUCCUGGUAGACGGGACUGAUGUAGAUGGCCGAGUUGACGCGGGACCGGGACCGCAACAGGUUCCGGACGCGCCAGUCCAGCGGAUCGGCCAGGCCGCAGCGCAUCAGGUGUCUCUGGAAAAAGCGCACACGUCGCGGUUCAAUAAACCAUCGAAAAAACGUAAAAAUAAUAAUAUAAUAUUAUCGUGCGGGACGGCCACACCAGCUAUGAUAACAAUAAUAAUUACAAUAUAA